AUGCCCGUGCACGUUACCCCUGUUGUCUAUCGCGCUUUCAACAUGAUCCUCGAGCUCAGACAGAGAACAUGGACAGAGGCCGACCUAUGGAAAACCAUAGACCUCACACGCGACGAGUAUGAUGUGUUCUGGGAGCUACUCCAUGAAGACAGAGGGCUUUGGGAGUGGACCGGUGCUAACCUUCAAGUGGACUACGACCUGGCUCUACUCACAAUUCGAGCGCCCCAUAGGAAGUACAAACUGUUUGCCACAAUGGUAGCCCGGAGCAUCUCGGCGCAAGUGCAUUCCCAUUCACCUUUCAAUUCCAAAAUUGCCGAUAUAUGCUACCGGACACCCGAGUUAAUCUGGUUCAAACAACCGCGGUUUGCCGCGCCCAACAGCUCUCAAGGUGGGGGUUAUCGAUGCCCCGAUGUCGUUUUUAAACCGGUGCUUAAUGGUUACCCUACUGUCGUCAUCGAAGUCUGUAAUGCCACAAAAAAAGACUAUAUGGCCGUACUUGCUCAAGACUAUUGGCAAGGGAGAGACGGCAGGGUCAUGGCGUCCGUCUUUUUAUGUCUGGAAAACAAGUUCGACAACAAGAUUGAGUUCAGUAAGAAGGCGUCAGUUGUCGUUUUCCAUUUUGGGGGGCAGGGUCCAGUGCCCUCUCCAGAACGAUGUUUUCGUGACCACGAAGGUCGACCCGUACAAGGCAACCUAACCUUGAAGUUGGUUGACUUCAGUGGCUCUAUUCCGGUGAAACUACAUGACAGGUUGAUACAAAUCCCUUUUUCGGAGCUUUGUGAGAAUCUUGCUAUUGUGGAGAGCCUAAAUGAGGCCACGCCUGAGAACCGCGGUGGAGUCGAAUCCAACCAUGACAGAAAAGGCAAAGAUACAAAUGUGUCAGACAACACUGCCAGUGACUUGACCGGAAGGGCCCUGCCAAACACCACUGUCAACGCUACGGCGCAACCCUAUGGCGACAACCGGCAGCCUCAAACCAAAACUGUGAUGGAUGCGUUUACCGAUAUGCUCCGGGGCCAAAGGAGCAGCAAAACAAUGGCAACCAGGGAGCCUAUGGGAUGUCCUUUAUUGGAAACCGCUCAGCAGGAUAACACUGUCGCAGCCGGAUUCAACACUCAUGGCGGCAUGAACCAGCAGCAAACUGGCCACCAGCCUAGUCCCUUUGUCAGUAUAACAGAGCCUGACCCGAGCAACCAAGGACCGCCUGAAAUGACCCAAACACUUCCAAUGGACAAAAACCGGCGCAGGGAUACCACCCAAGCUGGUACCCACAGCCAGACUUUGCGCGACAGGACACAAGAGGAGGAAGAUGUCAUUUCCACAACGGGUUCCUUUCAGCUCAACUUCAGCACCGAAAAUCCGACAUCUAGCCAGCCUGAACGCGACGAACCGCAGCCAUAA